AAAAAAUCUAGAGAGAGAAAUUGCUUGCGAGUUCAAGAGGAACUGUUCAGGUUCUUCGCAGAUCAGACGCAGUUAUAUUCUAAUGGGAAUGGAGGUGGCUGAUGUAUGUUUGGACAAGGAGGCAGAUUGUGUCAUGAUAUAUUCAAAUGAUCAUUCUGGUGAUUCAAGAAAUGAUACCACCAGUAACAAUGGUUCAUCAGAACCCAAUGUUUCUGUCAAUGGGAACUUAAAGCCUGAUGUUCAGACAACAAAUGAAGUUAAGGAGUUUGAAGUGGAGAAACGUGUUAUUGAAGACGUGCAACAUACGAAAGAACUUGGCCAAGUUCAAAGAUGUGAUGAAGAUGACACAUUGGACUGUGAAACCUGCUUGGUGAAGGAGAAGACGGCAUCUGACACACCGCAAACAGAAGGCGAAAGCAAGAAGUUGAACACAAUUAUCAAACCUUCAACCAAAUCUGCAGUUGGACAUGCUAAAACAAAACACACUGUUCCACAGCCAUUUGCUCUUGCUACUGAAAAGCGUGCUCUGUAUGGAACUCGUCCUGUUGGUGCAGCACCCCAGGCUGGUAAUCUUGUAGCCAAGUCAUCUCAUCCAAGCAGUUCUCCUGCCCAAGUUACAAAGAAAACAGCUGAGAUAGUCCCACCUUCAGUAGCGAGGAAGCCUUUGCAACCAGAUAACAAGAAGCAUCCGGAUGAAGAUGAUUCUUGUUCUGUCGCAUCCUUUACUGCUGCAUCAGCAAGAACUGUAACGUCUAAGCCAACUUCUGCAUCAGCUCCUGUCUUCAGGUGUAGCACACGCGCAGAGAGACGGAAAGAGUUUUAUUCCAAAUUAGAGGAGAAACAACAAGCACUGGAGGCUGAGAAAAUUCAAUGUGAGGCAAGGACCAAGGAAGAAAAAGAAGCAGCUCUCAAGCAAUUGAGAAAGAGCUUGUUAUUUAAGGCAAACCCAAUGCCAAGCUUCUACCACGAGGGACCACCACCAAAGGCUGAGUUAAAGAAGCCGCCACCAACUCGUGCAAAAUCACCAAAGCUGGGCAGAAGGAAGAGCUGCAGUGAUACAGCCGGUUUUAACAAAGGAAGAGGUGCACAUGUCGGAGUUCGCCAUAGUCUUGGUAUCUACAGACAGACAACAAAACAAAAGGACAACAUUAAGUUUCAGAAUCAUGACGGUAUCGACAAAAUCAACGAGGAAAUGGAAGCAAACAUCACCCAAGACUUUGAUAUGAAGAUCAGUAUGCAGUCUUGAACCUGUAAGUUUUCUAAUUUAUACAAUCGCUAUUGUAUUUUUGUUUUAACUUUUAUUUAUCUCCUGCAAGUGAUUUUCUUAACCUGUUUGUAUUGGUGGUUAAAUAUCUAUCAUGUAUGAAGUGUAAAUUAUAUUGCAACCUGUGCUCUUAUCUAUGGAUAAAAUGUUGUACUGUUAUAUUGUAAAUCCUGUUUUUCUCUCAUAAAAGGACUGUUCUA